GUGCUUUUUUCGAUAAUUUAUAUUUUGUUUUUUUUGUAAUUGCAUUUCCCACUUUCUUGUCGUUUUCCUUUUCAGGGGAACUUAAAAGAAUGAUUGUCAUGGGAGAAUUUUACGAAGAAGUAGAUCAUGUGGAGUACCAAGCUGUGGCCCCAGGUGGCCGAACGAGAGCGAUCAGCAUGGAGGAAGGCCGUAAGUGGGAGGGGAUCGAUUUGUCCGGCGACAAUGCGCCAAACUGGAGGAACCUUUUGAGUGAACCUGACCAAGAUUUGCGGCUGCGCAGAAAGUCCGGCACAUUUAAGGGGCCUGUCUGGAGCGAGAAUAAGGACGAACGUCCCGAUCUCUAGCGUGGCCAUUGCUUCAGCUAAGAACUGGCUGACAGGCAUAGAAGACACAACCAGGGAAUCGUCGACUUCCUCAUGUCUGACAUAUAUUCGUUGCCUUUUUUUUUUUUUUUUUUUGGGUAACACCGUGCACUUCUUUUACCCGUUGCAACCUUUUUUUAAAGUUUUUUUUUUGCCUUCUUUUGCCAAUCUUUCGCUACAUUUUUUUCAUUCUGUCAUUUGUUUUGCUUUGGAGAUAGGGUAGAGACAAGCUAUCGUCUUCCCCCCCCACCCCCGGAAAUGCAUCGCAUCCUCAUUAUGAAUGUACACAAGGAGGAUUUAGAGUCCGAUACAGUUAAGAUGGGGGUGCAUUUUGUAUGGGGGAAGAUGGCACGUAGUACCCAAAUGUGUGUAAUACUGUAUAUCCAUAAAUGAACAGAAAUUUUAACU